GCAGGGCGAGGCCAGGGCGGGGUCUCCAGCAGUCUUCUGUCGAUCCCGAGUGGAGCUGGCUGCCGCGAAUGCGCGAGUGCGUGCGCCGAGCCCGUGGAGUCGCCACUCCCUGCCGCCGCCCCGGCCGGUCCCCUACCUUCCGUGUGGGCGCCGCCGGGAUGGGGGGCCGUCGGGGACUGGGCCAGCCGCGGGCUGGCCUCUGCCUGCUCUUGGCCUUGCUGCAGCUUCCGCCUCGGACACAGGCCGCAGACCCUGUGGAUGUGCUGAAGGUGCUGGGUGUGCGGGGGGGCCAGGCUGGGGUCCCUGAGGUGCCUGGCUUCUGCCCCCAGAGGGCUCCAGAGGGCGACCGGGCAUUCAGAGUGGGCAAGGCCAGCACACUAGGUGCCCCCACGUGGGAACUCUUUCCAGAUGGACACUUUCCUGAGAACUUCUCUGUGCUGAUCACUCUUCGGGCCCAACCAGCCAACCACUCUAUCCUUCUGUCCGUUUAUGAUGAGGGUGGUGCCCGGCAGUUGGGCCUGGCGCUGGGGCCAGCUCUGGACCUCUUAGGUGGGCCCUUUAGACCCCUCCCCCAUCAGGUCAACCUCACAGAUGGCAGAUGGCACCGUGUGGCAGUCAGUGUGGACGGCAGCGUGGUGACUCUGGUGGCUGACUGUGACCCUCAGCCCCCUGUGUUGGGUCAGGGGCCUCGAUUCAUCAGCACAGGUGGACUCAUUGUGCUGGGGACCCAGGAUCUCGGGGAGGAGAGUUUCGAGGGAGACAUUCAGGAGCUGCUGAUAAGCCCAGACCCUCAGGCUGCCUUCCAGGCCUGUGAGCAGUACCUUCCUGGCUGUGACCACCUGGACCCGACAGCCACUGGGGUCCCCCAGGGUGAGCCAGAAACCCCACCCCCUCACCGAAAGAGGAAGGGAAAGGGGAAGAAAAAAGGGCGUGGUCAUAAGGGGAAGGGCAGGAAGAAGAAGAACAAGGAGACCUUGACCCUGGCUCCAUCUCUUGGCUCUCUGGAGAACCAGACCUCCACGGACAUCCCCAAGAUGGAGACAGCAUCUCCAACUCCCCCUCCAACGCCCACGCCCCUGGUCAUCACCACCACUGUGACUGUUGGUCAAAACGUCACCACCCUGGAGGGAGGGCUGGACCCUGACAGUGGAGCUGAACUGGGGACCCUGGAGACAGAGUUAGCCAGAGAAGAUGAAGAAGGAGGUGGCCCCACCAUGGGCCCGGACUUCCGGGCAGCAGAACAGUCAUCACGAGCUCAGUUCCAGAUCUUUCCUGGCGCUGGAGAGAAGGGAGAGAAAGGAGAACCUGCAGUGAUUGAAGAGGUGAGUGGCCUGGGGCUGGAGAAAGUGGUGGAACCGGGGCUAGACCGGGGGUCACACUCAUUUCUCCUUCAGGGACAGCAGUUUGAGGGACCUCCAGGAGCCCCAGGGCCCCGGGGGGUGGUCGGCCCCUCAGGCCCUCCUGGACCCCCAGGAUUCCUUGGGGACCCCGGUCCACCGGGCCCCGCUGGCCUCCCAGGCAUCCCUGGCAUCGACGGAGUCCGGGGCCUGCCGGGCACUGUGAUCAUGAUGCCGUUCCAGUAUGCAAGCGGCUCCCUCAAAGGACCCCCAGUCUCCUUCCAGCAGGCACAGGCUCAGGCAAUACUGCAACAGGCUCAGCUCUCUAUGAAAGGCCCCCCUGGCCCGGUAGGGCUCACUGGGCGCCCAGGCCCCGUGGGUCUCCCUGGGUAUCCAGGCCUGAAAGGAGAGAUGGGAGAAAUGGGGCCACAGGGUCCCCGAGGCCUUCAGGGACCUGUUGGGCCUCCUGGCCGACAGGGCAAGAUGGGACGCUCUGGAGCAGAUGGGGCUCGGGGCCUCCCAGGAGACACAGGACCGAAGGGUGACAGGGGCUUUGACGGCCUUCCAGGGCUGCCUGGCGAGAAGGGCCAACAGGGUGACUUUGGCCAUACGGGGCAACCUGGUCCUCCGGGAGAAGAUGGUGAGAAGGGAGCAGAGGGACCUCCAGGGCCCACUGGCCAGGCGGGAGAGCCGGGUCCCCGAGGACUGAUCGGCCCUAGAGGCUCCCCUGGCCCCCUGGGAAGCCCGGGUGCAGUCGGCAUCGAUGGUGCUCCAGGUGCCAAAGGGAACGUGGGUCCUCCAGGAGAACCAGGCCCCCCAGGACAGCAGGGAAAUCCUGGGUCUCAGGGAAUCCCUGGCCCCCAGGGACCCAUUGGCAUUCCUGGGGAGAAGGGUCUCCCUGGACACCCAGGAAUUCCAGGCCUCACAGGAUCUGAUGGCCCUCCGGGUCAUCCAGGCCACGAGGGCCCCACAGGAGAGAAAGGAGCCCAGGGUCCACCAGGGUCGGCAGGCCCUCCGGGAUAUCCUGGACCUCGGGGUGUGAAGGGUACCUCUGGCAACCGAGGCCUUCAGGGGGAGAAAGGCGAGAAGGGAGAGGAUGGCUUUGCAGGCUUCAAGGGUGACGGGGGGCUUAAAGGCGAUUGGGGACCCCCUGGACCACCAGGUCCCCGGGGAGAGGAUGGUCCUGAAGGGCUUAAAGGGCAGGAGGGGCUGCCUGGUGAGGAGGGGCCCCCAGGCUCAGCUGGGGAGAAGGGCAAACUUGGGGUGCCUGGUCUCCCAGGUUACCCAGGACGUCCAGGCCCUAAGGGAUCUACUGGCCUUCCUGGUCCCCUGGGACCAAUAGGAGAGAAAGGAAAGCGGGGGAAGGCAGGGCAGCCUGGUCUGGAGGGAGAGCGGGGACCACAAGGCUCCCGUGGAGAGAGGGGGCAACCAGGUUCCACAGGGCAACCAGGCCCCAAGGGUGAUGUAGGCCAGGAUGGAGCCCCUGGGAUCCCUGGAGAAAAGGGCCUCCCGGGGCUACAAGGGCCCCCUGGAUUCCCUGGGCCAAAGGGCCCCCCUGGCCCCCAGGGGAAAGAUGGGCGACCUGGGCACCCUGGACAGAGAGGAGACUUGGGCUUUCAAGGUCAAACAGGCCCACCUGGUCCAGCUGGUGUUGUGGGUCCUCAGGGAAAGACAGGAGAAGCAGGACCUCUAGGUGAGCGGGGGCCCCCAGGCCCUCCUGGACCUCCUGGUGAACAAGGUCUUCCAGGACUGGAGGGCAGAGAGGGGGCCAAGGGGGAGCUGGGGCCAACGGGACCCUUUGGGAAGGAAGGACCACCUGGACCUAGGGGCUUCCCUGGCCCCAAAGGAGCCCCAGGGGACCCUGGACCUAUAGGUUUGAAGGGUGACAGAGGCCCCCCGGGCCCCAUCGGGGCCAAUGGCUCCCCUGGGGAGCGUGGUCCUGUGGGCCCAGCAGGAGGCAUUGGACUUCCUGGCCAAAGUGGAAGCCCAGGCCCUGUUGGCCCUGCAGGAGAGAAGGGGUCCCCGGGUGAACGUGGUCCCCCUGGUCCCACUGGCCAAGAUGGGAUCCCAGGGCCCCUGGGGCUUCCAGGGCCCCCUGGAGCUGUUGGGCCUUCUGGGGAAGAAGGGUACAAGGGGGAGGUGGGCAGCCCUGGUCACAAGGGGAGCAAAGGCGAUAAGGGGGAUGCGGGCCCACCUGGACCAACAGGGAUACGGGGUCCUGCGGGACACCCAGGUUCCCCGGGAGCAGAUGGCGCUCAGGGACGCCGGGGACCCCCGGGCCUCUUUGGGCAGAAAGGAGAUGAUGGAGUGAGAGGCUUCGUGGGGGUGAUUGGCCCCCGUGGCCUUCAGGGACUGCCAGGCCCUCCUGGAGAAAAAGGGGAGGUCGGAGACGUGGGGUCCAUGGGUCCCCCUGGAGCUCCAGGUCCUCGGGGUCCCCCUGGCCCUAGUGGAUCAGAGGGCUCCCCAGGGCCACCUGGAGGAAUUGGUCAGCCAGGCGCUGUGGGCGAGAAGGGUGAGCCAGGGGAGGCUGGAGAUCCCGGACCCCCAGGAGUCCCAGGCAUCCUUGGGCCCAAGGGAGAAGUUGGUGAAAAGGGGGACUCAGGCCCAUCUGGGGCUGCAGGACCCCCAGGCAAGAAGGGCCCCCCUGGGGAGGAUGGAGCCAAAGGGAACGUGGGCCCCACAGGGCUCCCAGGAGAUCCAGGACCCCCUGGAGACCCUGGAGUUUCGGGUCUAGAUGGUUCUCCAGGGGAGAAAGGAGACCCUGGUGACGUUGGAGGACCGGGCCCACCUGGAGCUUCCGGGGAGCCUGGCCCCCCUGGGCCCCCUGGCAAGAGGGGUCCUCCUGGUCACAUGGGACGAGAAGGUAGAGAAGGGGAGAAAGGUGCCAAGGGGGAGCCAGGUCCUGACGGGCCCAUAGGGAGAACAGGUCCUGUCGGGGCUCGAGGGCCCCCUGGGCGUGUUGGGCCUGAGGGUCUUCGGGGGAUCCCUGGCCCUGUGGGUGAACCAGGCCUCCUGGGACCUCCUGGACAGAUGGGCCCUCCUGGCCCCAUGGGACCCUCCGGCCUCCCAGGGCUGAAGGGAGAGGCUGGCCUCAAGGGGGAAAAGGGCCACAUCGGACUAAUUGGCCUCAUCGGCCCCCCUGGAGAGGCUGGCGAGAAAGGGGACCAGGGGCUGCCAGGCGUGCAGGGCCCUCCUGGCCCCAAGGGAGAGCCCGGUCCCCCUGGUCCCAUUGGCCCUUCAGGCCACCCUGGGCCCCCAGGCGUGGCGGGCCCUCUGGGACAGAAGGGCUCGAAGGGGGUGCCGGGAUCCCUCGGCCCCCGUGGAGACCCAGGCCCCCCAGGCCCCCCAGGCCCCCCGGGUUCCCCUGCGGAGCUGCAUGGGCUGCGCCGGCGGCGGCGCUCCGUCCCGGGCAGGGGAGUGCUGGAGGCCCCGGAGGGCGGCCUGGAGGAGGUACUGGCUUCUCUCCUGUCGCUGAGCUUUGAGCUGGAGCAGAUGCGGCGCCCUCCCGGCACCGCGGAGCGCCCGGGUCUUGUGUGCGGCGAACUACACCGCAACCACCCGCACCUGCCAGAUGGGGAAUACUGGAUUGACCCCAACCAGGGCUGCGCGCGAGACGCGCUCAGGGUUUUCUGCAACUUCACGGCAGGAGGAGAGACCUGCCUCUACCCCGACAAAAAGUUUGAGACCGUGAAACUGGCUUCCUGGUCCAGGGAAAAGCCGGGAAGCUGGUAUAGCACAUUCCGUCGAGGGAAGAAGUUCUCCUACGUGGAUGCUGAUGGGUCCCCGGUGAACGUGGUACAGUUGACCUUUCUGAAGUUGCUGAGCGCCACAGCCCGCCAGAGCUUUACCUACUCCUGCCAGAACGCCGCUGCCUGGCUGGAUGAAGCUGCUGGCGACCAUGGCCGCUCCCUUCGCUUCCUUGGGACCAAUGGAGAGGAACUGUCCUUCAACCAGACAGCAGCAGCUACCGUCACUGUCCCCUAUGAUGGCUGCCGGCUCCGGAAGGGACAGGCGAAGACCCUCUUGGAGUUCAGCUCUUCCCGAGCGGGGUUUCUGCCCCUAUGGGACCUGGCGGCCACUGACUUUGGCCAGACGAACCAGAAGUUUGGGUUUGAACUGGGCCCUGUCUGCUUUAGCAGCUGAGAAGUCUUGAGGGUGGGCGGGACCAUGAGGAAGCCCCAGAUGGGGCACAUUUGGUGCUGAGGCUUUGAAGCCACCCUAUUUAUCAUCUCCUGUGACUGAGGAGCCAGGGGAAAGUCUGCUCAGCAUGGUCCAACAAUGCUCCUUCUCCAUCCCAGGGGACUGUGGCAGGACUCCAUGGACCCAAGAGUCCAGCCUCCCUGCUGGAACCGCACCCCUGCUGGAACGAAUGUAGUCUGCCUCUUUCUCCCCUCCACGCCCAUUCAAUCUGCACCUGCCCACCCCCGAUCGCCCAGGCAAUGAACUCAUUCACAGCUGAUGGCUGCCCCCCAUGCCUGCCUUCCCUUCCUCAGUCAGUGCCCCCAACAGCCUUUGGUGCUACCCUUCCCAAUAGUUAAGCACUGGACGUCUCCUGAUCCCAGGCUGAGACCCUUCACUCAUUCCUGUUUUCAGGUGGGUUCAGAGUGAAGGAACUGAAGUCAGACUACAGAGGGAAGUGAGACUUCCCUGGACUGAGUUGUGUGUUCCUUUGGCUACUUUAGCCCAGCUCUGAAUACUGGCCCCCUCAUAUCUGCCCUAGUGUACCUUACCAUGCCAGGUGGUUUGGAGGCCAAGAUAUGGGGUAAAUCAGGAUCCUAAUGGUGCUGCCCUAUUUAUAUCUGGGUCUGUAUUAAAAGGGAAAAUCCCCCCUGUUGUGUAUUUAAUCUGCUUCCUCCUUACAGAAGGCUGGGACAUGAUGAAAGAGAUUCUAGCUUGACCCCCUACCCACCCCAGGGCAUAAUGGGCAUCUCGAGUCUGAGAAUAAACCAGUGAACUGUG